CUUGCUCGUUGCAGAGAUGUCCUUGCACUGCCGAUCUUCAAGCAGGAAGAGCCGCAGCUGUCUCCUGAGAACGAUGCCAAGCUGCCACCCUUUCAGUACGUCCUCUGCACAGCCACCUCACCCGCCGUGAAACUGCACGAAGAAACUCUGACCUACCUCAACCAAGGUCAGUCUUAUGAAAUCCGUCUACUUGAGAAUAGGAAAUUGGGAGAGUUUCAAGAUUUAAACACAAAAUAUGUAAAGAGUAUAAUUCGUGUAGUUUUCCAUGACCGCCGCCUGCAGUACACAGAGCAUCAGCAGCUCGAGGGCUGGAGGUGGAGUCGGCCUGGGGACCGCAUCCUUGAUAUAGAUAUCCCGCUGUCAGUUGGUAUCUUGGAUCCCAGGGCUAGUCCGACCCAGUUGAACACUGUUGAAUUUCUCUGGGAUCCGUCAAAGAGAGCUUCAGCGUUCAUUCAGGUACAUUGCAUCAGCACAGAAUUCACUCCACGGAAGCAUGGAGGAGAGAAAGGGGUGCCCUUCCGGGUGCAAAUCGACACCUUUAAGCAAAAUGAAAAUGGUGAAUACACAGAACACUUGCAUUCUGCAAGCUGCCAGAUCAAAGUGUUCAAGCCUAAAGGAGCAGACAGAAAACAGAAGACUGACAGGGAAAAAAUGGAAAAGAAGACCAUCCAAGAGAAGGAGAAGUAUCAGCCUUCCUAUGAGACAACUAUUCUCACAGAGUGCUCUCCCUGGCCAGAUGUGCCUUAUCAAAUGAACAAUGCUCCCUCUCCAAGCUACAACAGUUCUCCCAACAGCUUCAACCUCGGAGAUGGCAACAGUUCUCCAACCCACCAAAUGGAGCUCCUGCCUCCCAGCAAUGAUCAUCUCCUUCCUUCUGCUUCUAUUCAAGAUGCCCAGCAGUGGCUUCAUCGUAAUAGGUUCUCUCCAUUCUGUAGACUCUUCUCAAGUUUUUCGGGUGCCGACUUACUGAAGAUGUCCAAAGAAGAUUUUGUUCAAAUCUGUGGACCUGCUGAUGGAAUUCGGCUCUUUAAUGCAAUAAAAGGAAGAAAUGUAAGGCCCAAGAUGACAAUUUAUGUCUGUCAAGAGCCAGAGCAAAACAGGUCCCACCUCCACCAAAAACAAGAAAACGGAGAUGGCAGCCUUUGUGUGUAUCAUGCAAUCUUCUUAGAAGAACUGACCAUUCUGGAAUUAAUGGAGAAGAUUGCAAACUUGUACAGCAUUUCUCCACAGCAGAUAAAUCGGAUCUACCGGCAGGGACCCACAGGGAUCCAUGUAUUAGUGAGCAAUGAGAUGGUGCAAAACUUCCAAGACGAAUCUUGUUUUGUUAUCAGCACAUUAAAAGCUGAAAGCAAUGAUGGCUACCACAUCAUUUUAAAAUGACCGUGCUGCACAGAGAGACUUUAAUGGCCUAAAAUUUAGUGCCUCACUGAGAUUGCUAACAACCUAGACUGGAAACAUGAAGAACCUUCUGGAUAAAUGCUCCUGAGAACUAAGAAUUACCAAACAGCUUAAGAAAAAACUUGCUUUUACGGAUAGAAAUUUUUGGUGGUGUGUGAUUUUGGUGGGUUUGGUUUUGGUUUUUUUUUUGUUUGUUUUUUGUUUUGGUUCUUUUAGUUUUUUAAGCUGGAGCUGAGAACAUCCUCAAAGCUUGUACAUGUUUUUUCCUUCCUCCCCUCCUCUUCAGACUUAAAAAUUGUAGAGGUUUCUGCUUUUUACUUAGAAACAUCUGCCUUGUACUAAAAGGAAAUGGAAGAUAAACAAAUCCCAAUUCUCUUGACCCCUCAUAUUCAGGUGAAUUGAUUUACUUACGGUUCUGAGUGCUCUCCUGCUUUCAACACACACCCUGAUGCUGAUGCAUGUAGGCUCCCCAGGGCUUCUCUUGUACUCUUUGAGGUGGAAGGCUUGAGGCUACUUCCCAAAACAGACUGGGCAGUGCAGAGGAUGGGUUUGGUGCCCAGCCUUCACCCAAAGUGUCGACUCUGGAAGCCCACACUUAGCUGUUCUCCACCUCCAGAUGUGCUCAAAGUCCAGAGACCUUGGUCUCUCCUGACAGACCUUCUGUAGGACCAAUCCAGCAGCGCAGUUCUGGGGGGGUUCAAGGAAGGACAGACAACUUGAGGCAAGCAGUUCAGUACCAUAUUGUUAUCUUUAGCUUUAGAGUAGCCUCCUUGAAUGGAGCAUAUGGAGGUUUACCGAGAACUGCUUUGAACACUGAAAGCUAUAGUGCUCAUGACAAAUUCAUACCAUGGAUUUAUUCUACUCUACAAAUUAGUGAUUAACUGCUAUCUUUACUGUAACUGGGAAUUGAUGUUAUAAUCUUAAUGGAUUUUCAUCCUGUUACUGAAGUAAAACUGUUUUGAUAAAGACCAGGUAACAGA